GUUGACUGCGGUUCAUAGGGCAACAAACAGCAGCGUAGUACACCAGCCGGGACACACCGAUGGUGGAGUACGCGUCCAUUCAGGGAACGGUCUGAGAGAGACCAUUACUGGGGCUUACAUGGAGAGCUGAAAGUGAAUAUGAGGUUAACGUCCUUAAUGAUGUACAUAUCUCCGGCCCUGAUAUUUAUUUUGUAUGUAUGUAUUGGAUUUUCCGAAGCUGCACCCCGCAUCAGUGCCUACGAUGCGUCGCCUAUCUCCAGGAAGCUCGGCUCAGCCUCCGACCCCUGGGAGACCUUCCACACCGAUAUGCCUCGUCCUGUCGGGCCUCCGGCCGGACUCUCGCCGUCGCCUGGCAUCGUUUCACCCGGAUCGAGCCCCGUCUCUAAACCUGCAACCACCUCCCAGCCUCCAGCAGCGGACCCGAUCACUACAACCACCACCACCACCACCACCGCCACCCCUGACACUGGAAUAAUCUCAGACACUAAGGAACAAACAACAGCGCCCGUUUCUAGAUUAACCGGCGCACGCAAACGGUCCACGGAUGCACAAACAUCACUUUUCACCCCGGAGAAAAUGCUGCAGACCAUGGUCUCCAUGGUCUCCCAGCGUUCAGCAAACGAUGCCUGGGCUGCAGAUAACACGGGCACAUCUGUUACCUCAGUAGAGAAUAUUCAAGAGGGUCUUUGUAACUGCAGCAGUGGUGUAGAGGGGAUUAUGGACCCAGACGAGUGCGACCAUAACACCGGUCAGUGUUCCUGUUUGAUGGGCUACACUGGUCUGCAGUGUGAGGACUGCGAGGAGGGAUACUACACCAACGGCACCAGCGGCUGCCAGCCCUGCGGCUGCGACUCAUUCGGUGCAGUGAGCCACCUCUGCGACAGCUCAGGGAUAUGCGUGUGCAAGACGGGAGUAUACGGACCCAAGUGUGAUGAAUGCCACCCAGGUUUUUUCCACUUCAGCAGCACAGGAUGUCGGCCCUGCCAGUGUAACAACCGCACAAACUACUGCCAUCCCCAGUCUGGAGUGUGUCUGAACUGUGAGGGCAACACCCAAGGAUCAAACUGUGAGGAGUGUAAGCCUGGUUUCUACCACAGCAACGGAGCUGCCCUGACCGAAGCCUGUGCACCUUGCCCCUGCUCCAACUCCACCUCCACCGGCACAUGUCGCAACGAUAAUGGCUCUGCAGUGUGUGACAAGUGCCUUCACCGGUACAGCGGCCCACACUGUGACGAGUGCAGUGCUGGGUUCUACAAAGCCUCUGGAGCUUGUGUCCCAUGUGACUGCAGUGGAAAUGCAGACCCUCAGGAUCCUGCCAAGCUCUGUCACCCCGACACUGGCCACUGUCUCAGCUGCAUCAACAACACAGCUGGACCCCAGUGCCAGCUCUGUGCUCCCGGCUUCGUAGGGGAUGCUAGAGCUCAUAACUGCACCCGUCCAUCAACCCGGCUCAGUCCCACCCAAGCAGUUACAACCACAACCGAAGUCCCUACAUCCAGUACAUCAUCCACAUCUCACACCAGCACCACUUUUACUUCCAACACAGCUGUAGGGAUUCCAGCCUCCACAUCCAGCAGCAACACUAGCACCACUCUGCGCACUGCCACCACCACCCAGGCCCUACUGACAAGCCUGAACAGCCCCACUGACAACACCACGGCAGCCCUGACCGAAGUCUCCUGGACACAGUUCAACAUCAUCAUCCUGGCCGUGAUCAUUCUGGUUGUGGUGCUGCUGCUGGGCUUUGUGGGAGGCGUGUACACCUACAGGGAGUACCAGAACCGCAAGCUCAAUGCGCCCUUCUGGACCAUCGAACUGAAAGAGGACAACAUCAGCUUCAGCAGCUACCAUGACAGUAUCCCCAAUGCUGACGUGUCAGGCCUGCUGGAGGAUGAGGCAAACGAGGUGGCACCCAAUGGUCAGCUUGCACUCAACACGCAGGGAAAUUGCUACAAGGCUUAACGCUCCAUCAGCCCCCCGAACCAGACAUCUAAAUUUACCCAUGACACAAAAGCUGCUGGAAAGGAUCAAAUCCAAAGCUCUUUCAUGUAUGACUGCUUAUUGUUACCCUGCUUGUCUGCGGCAUUCGCAACACUUGGCACACUGACAGAGAAGAAGCAGAUUUGAUCAAAGAUGUGGAAAAGAGACGCAGAGUUUCCACUUGAAACGUUUUCCUUUUUAUAUAUGAUUUUGUGUGGAAUGGGCGAUCAGUGAGACGGGAUCCAAAGAAAAGUUUUGUUUUGAGUUGUGCAGAUUAGUUAGGGUAAUUGGCAUGGCGUAAGACGGGUGCAAACCAUACACCCGUUUACUGAAACAAUGAUCCUGACACAAGUUAGAGGACUUACUGGUGCAAAGCAUUUCAGAUAUUUUUUAAAUGGACGUGACUGUUUAAGUUAACUGGAUCACUACUACAGUGAUCUUAAUCUGAGACAAUGAUUGUUAUUUAAUGAAUUUUUAUUCUGUUCUUAUUUAUUGAUUGACGUUUCAUUCUCGAGAGAAAUGCUGCACAUGUAUGACGUGUUUAUUCAUGGUGUUUUGUGCUGUUGAAUGGUAAUUUAAAUUGGCCAAUAGAUUUUCCUGUAUAGUUUGUGUGUUUGCGGAGGGAGUCAAAGGGGAAGCUGAGGACUGCUGACACAAGCAUUUUAAUGACCUCAUCUUUUGUUGAUAGCUUCCUGUCUUUUGUUAAAGCGUGCCAGCUCACCUGAAGUAUUUAAGAGGAGUGUUUCUGUCAAAGAAACAGAAACUGUUAUUUGUAAACUCUCACCACUUGUCACUACUGCAGUGACACAUUCUUGGCUUGCAUAAAUACUGUAUUCUCAUCAUUUAACCUGCUCUUUGCUGACUACCUCAGCAAAAUUUGAACAUACCAUUUGUGAAAUAGCUCCCAUAUAUGCAGAGGGUGAGUUCUGUGACUCCUACAAUAAGACCAUUUGACCUCUAAAAUGAUAUUAGUGUUGAUACUGUUGUUAUGGAGAAGAAAUGGCAGAUAGUAAAAUAAUAAUGAUAAUAAUAAUAAUAAUAAUCAGCUUUCCGGUUGCUCUUAUUACCUAUACUGAAAUUGCAUCAGCUACACCACUGAGUUGUUGUAAAAUCAGUGCACAUCACAACUGAUCCUGGAUACAGAUCCCAUGUUUUCUGUGUUAUUUAGGCUACCACUGGUUGGGUGCGCUUCUUUUUACAACGGUGAAUGAGUAAAGCUAAUUAUGGAACUAACUCCUCAGGUACUGGCUCUUUCCCUAAUGUGAUCACCUGUAAAUAUUAUUAUUGUACAGAUGAAUGUGAAUAGUAGCACUAUUAUUGUACAGGUAGAAUACUGUGUGUCACUCAGCCAACUCUCUCACUCUCCAGGGUGUGAUGUUGCAGUCAGCCCACAGCUUUUUGUAUUUUUUUUUUUUUCUUAUCCGCAGUGGACAAAUAUACGCAGCUGCAGGACUAAGAUGCACCCUUGACUCAUAACAGUGGAUAAAAACAAUGUAAAUAAUUCCCCCAAAGUCAGAGCUCAACUCUCAAAUAAAAAUGGGUUUAACUGUU